AUGAGUGCCCAGACGAUACAGCAGUUGGAGUCAGCACGGUCGCUCGCGUUAGGCGACGGUAGAUACUAUCCUACCAUCAUACCAGGCGUGCUCCCUAUUAUCGGCUACAGUGCAGACAAUCAGGCGGUUGACAUACAGCGCUGGGGCGCCGACUUCAUAGCUGAGGCUUUUGCUUCUCCCACGUGGCCUCAGGACGCAAAGGAGACCAGCGCGUCCUCGGUGCUCGCGACGUUGAAGGACUAUCUGGAGCAUGUUGACGACAAGAGCGUGACCAAAAGCGUUGUACAGGCGGCUGCGAGCAUAUACCCGCUGGUAUACCGACAUGUUGUCUCGAACCCGAACGAUGCCCAAGACUGGCAGCUCAUGUCAGCGAUCAAAUCGAGCAUCCUGCGACGAAUGGACAGCGCCACGCCAGGCGUACGAAUAUGCUGCAUCAAGUUCCUGCAACAAGCCGUCCUCGUGCAGACACCAGGCGUCGUGGACCCAAGGAGACCCGAUGGCGGCGACAUCUCCCUUGCCCUCGUUUCCCGCGACCACCCCGUUAUACCGUAUGCGAGCCUCGAAGCAGAAGGGCUCGGACUCCUCGAUCGAUUGCUGGAUAUCAUACAUGGAGAUCACAGGUCAGAUAAGCCAUUUGAUCAGAAAUUGGCAGUGCUGACAGGAUACAGCGACGGGCUAGUUGUAACGGCAACUCUGAACAGUCUGGGCAUACUGAUGCAUCGUCGUCCAAUUGCUGCAAACAAGAUAUUGAACAGCGUGCUCAACUUCAACGCUCUGAAGCUUGCCAAUGCCCCCAUGACACCCAAAAACAAAGUCAUCAUCAAGUCAAUAGAACGUACAACACGAGCUUUGCUUGUGAAUAUCAUGAAGAGGCACCCUGAGAAUCAGGUCAAUGGGCGGAUCCAACAGUAUCUGGAGCGCAUGCACCGAACGCGCAUCGAGAUCUUUGAUGAGUCUCGCAAGCGACCAGCACCUAGUGGACCGAACGAUGGGCUUGAGCAAGCCAAGAGGCAGCGAGUCACUGUGGAGGCUUCUACCAAAGCGCCCUCUGUUCCGCCUCUGCCGGCUGGCGAGGUCAGCUGGCGUCAAUUGUACACGCUCAACCCUGAAGGCAAAAGCACUGUGAACUUUGAUGUGCAAAUGUUCAAGGACCCGGAACAAUUGCUGAGGAUCGUCGUACCUGUCUUGCAAUCUGUCGAUGCACAGAAACUCGAUCAUGCUAUCAAUGCUAACAUGUCGUCACAGAUUGUCCGCUCUCGUUAUCUCAGCCUCAGUCAAGCUGCAACCAAGCAAGCGGCUGCCAAAUUAGCGGCAGCUCCUGCUGCUGAAGACGAGGAGGAAUACGAACCCGACUUCGAGCCUGAAGACGCCGAACAAAUAGUCAAUAGGCUUGACGGCUAUCCUGCAACUGAUGUACCUCAGUCAGGACCUGGAACAGCACUCGCACCCUAUAAACUUCCAGAGGCGCCGCCGCUGUCGGAACAGGAAGUGCAGAAGUAUGGCGACCAAACCGUCUAUCGGGCAUUUGGUAUGCUUGCGAGUGUUGACGAAACUCAGAAGACCAAGGCCAACAAGUCGGGAUUCAACCGUCUCGCAGCAACAGACUACGGUCGGGACGCAUGGGUCACUAUCCUGUCGCGACUAGCUACGCGUGCGAGUGCUGGUCUGGACGAUCCUGAAAGUGGUGUGAAGGAUGAAUACGCUGUCAAAGGGACCAAGGGCAGCACCUCAAUCAGCGAAGCAGUAAGGGAUGGGAUUUACAACUAUAUCCUUCACGAUUGGAAGCGGCGCAUCGACGUUGCCAUAUCGUGGCUCAACGAAGAGUGGUACAAUGAUAAGGUACUGGCUCAACAAACGACGAAAAAUGGAGUGAAUGGCCAUACUCCGUCCAAUAACAACACGAAGCAAGGCAACUACCAACGCUGCGCGCUCCGCAUGUUCGACGGCAUUUUGGGAUUUAUCGAGCAUACCGACAAGGUCUUGAUCCGCUUUUUAUCCGAAGUCCCAGAACUCGAUCACGAUAUCCUGUCUCGCCUGAAAAUCAUGGCAAGGGAUCCUGAGCGCAUUGACCUGGCGUGUCAGACCCUACAAUACUUGUACAUGUUCCGGCCACCGGUUCGAAGGAUCGUGGUAGACACACUGGCGGAGUUGUGGCAAGAAAACGACCGCGCAAAACCGAGCGCUCGAAAGCUGCUGCUUAGGUGGCGGCCAGAGGUACUGGGUGAGGAGAGGUCAGUCACGCCGGCUAUAAAGGCUGAAGGAGACGGACAGAUGGCGAGGGAUAGUGCUAAUGGCUCACUCGAAGUCAAAGCUGCAUCAUAA